AUGAAGCUGGCACUGCUGCCCUGUCUGGUGGCUGUGGCCACCGCAAGCGGCUACGGCUACUUCCCUCACUCGUACAGCAAGCCAGUCCACGUCUACAGCAAGGUGGCCUACGUCAAGCCUUUCUACGGCGGCGCCUACGGAUACAGCUCGUACUACAACGACUACCCCGGCUACGGCUACGGCUACCACGGCGGCUACGGAGACGACUACGGCAACCACAUUGGCCACGGCUACGGGCACGGUUAUGGCUACGGAAACAAGUAUGGGUACAAGUACGGACAGAAAUACCACCGCUACAGCUACGGACACAAGCACGAAUACAGCAAGAACUACGCCUACGGCUACGGUCGCAAGUACGGCCACUCCUACGGCCAUAAAUAUGGAUAUGACCACGGCCGUAAAUAUGGCUACCACUACCACCAGCGUUAUCCCUACAACUACGGAUACCCCUACAGCUACCAUGGAUACGACGACCAUGACGACUAUUGA